AUGGUGAGGUCUGGUGCACCAUCUUCUAGUGCUGCUCAAGGAAGAGACCCUCGAGUAGAUGGAAUCUUGGAAGUAUUGGCCAAUGUAGGGACAUUGUUUGAGCAACAAGCCCAGCAGCAAGCGGUAACAGGGAAUGGUGAUCACCGUGUGCAAGGACUUAUUGAACAAUUCCUGAAAUUGAAACCAAGUAAGUUUGCUGGAGUGGGAGACCCCAACGAGGCCGAAAGAUGGAUACGUAGUUUGGAGAAAAUAUUCAACCUGUUGACUUGUACCGAUACUGAGAAGAUACUUUUGGCUGAGUAUCAACUGGAAGGAAAUGCGGAACACUGGUGGAGAGCAUCGAAAGAAGUAGUGUUUCCCACGGGUACGGAAAUAGCUUGGGAGAAGUUUGUGGAGACAUUUUAUGAGAAGUAUUUUUCUGACUGUGCUAAAGAUCAGAAAAUAGCAGAGUUCAUACAGUUAUGUCAGAAUAAUAUGACGGUGGAUCAGUAUGAGGCUAAGUUUUCUGAACUAUCUAGGUUUGCGCCUCGUAUGGUGGAAAAUAGAGAGGAUAAAGCCAAGAGAUUUUUGAAUGGGCUAAGAACUGAUAUCAGAAGGCAGUUAGUACCCUUCGAUAUAAGGGACUAUAAUGUACUUUACAAACGUGCCCAACUCAUUGAACAGGAGUUGACGAAAGGAGAACUAGAGGCCAUGGGACAGGGUAAGGCAAGUCAUCAAGCUACACGGGAUAAUGUCAGAUUUGGCAAAAGGCCCCUCCAGUUUGGAAAACCUUCUUUUGUCCAUAAUAAGAGACGCAACAACAUGAGAUCAUGGAAUAACCAGUCGAUGGAGCAGAGGUCAUUCCCAAAUGGAAACUGCCGUCAGUGUGGAAGACAACACGGGAAUGCGCCGUGUCCAAUGCUAAAGAGGUGUUUUGGGUGUGGACAACCCGGUCAUGUUGUUAAAGAUUGCCCUCAAGGGAGACCACAACUUAGUGCACCGCCAGCGCGGCAAUUACAACGACCAACUCAGGGCGGAGUACCACCACCAAGAAAUUUGCAAAGGCCGCCGACGCAAGGAAAAGUGUAUGCGAUCACUCAGGAGGAAGCGGAAGCUUCCAAGACUGUUAUUUCAGGAUAUGAAAUUAUCAACAUUGGCAUGUAG